AUGUAUCAGAAACCUCACCGUUCGUUUCCUACGAAAUGGCCGUUCCUCGGUAUGCUUCCAGGUCUACUCGUAGAGAUCCCUCGUGUUUACGACUAUAUAACCGAGGUUCUCGAGGCCUCAAACUUAACUUUUCCUUUCAAAGGGCCAUGUUUCGGAGGCCUUGACAUGUUGAUCACCGUUGAUCCAGCUAAUAUUCAUCACAUCAUGAGCUCAAACUUUACGAAUUACCCGAAAGGAUCCGAGUUCAAGAAGAUAUUCGAUGUUUUGGGAGAUGGGAUUUUCAACGCGGAUUCUGAUUUAUGGAAGGAUCUGAGGAAAUCAGCUCAAAGCAUGAUGAGUCAUCAGGAGUUUCAAAGGUUUACACUAAGAACAAGCAUGAGUAAGCUAGAGAAAGGACUUGUCCCACUUCUUGAUCACGUUGCUGAGAAGAAACUAGUCGUUGACUUACAAGAUGUGUUCCAAAGAUUCACGUUCGACACUACGUUUGUUUUAGCGACCGGGAUUGAUCCAGGUUGUCUCUCUGUUGAAAUGCCGGAAAUCGAGUUUGCUAAAGCUUUAGACGAAGCAGAGGAAGCAGUUUUCUUCAGGCAUGUCAAGCCGGAGAUGGUUUGGAAGAUGCAAAGGUUGAUUGGGUUUGGAGAUGAGUUGAAACUGAAAAGAGCUCACUCAACUUUCGAUCGAGUUUGCUCUAAGUGCAUAAAUACUAAGAGAGAUGAAACAACCCGUGGCAUUAUCGACAUUGACUCUUCUUCUAAAGAUUUGUUGAUGUCUUAUUUGGAUGUGGAUACCACCAAGUACAAGUUGUUGAAUCCGAGUAGAGACACCACAGGCUCCGCUCUCACUUGGUUCUUCUGGCUUCUGUCCAAGAACCCGCAAGCAGCGACCAAGAUUCGUCAAGAAAUCAAUACAAUUCUACCUCCAAGAACCGAUAAUGAUUCAUUCCAUCCCCAAGAGUUAAACAAGUUGGUGUAUUUACAUGGCGCUUUGUAUGAAGCCCUCAGGCUAUAUCCACCGGUUCCAUUUCAGCACAAGUCUCCUACAAAACCGGACGUUGUUCCCAGUGGACACAGAGUCGAUGUAAGUUCAAAGAUUGUGUUUUGUCUUUACUCAUUAGGGAGAAUGAAAUCGGUUUGGGGAGAAGAUGCAUCGGAAUUUAAACCGGAGAGAUGGAUCUCGGAGAGUGGAAGGUUGAUACAUGUGCCAUCAUUUAAGUUCUUAUCUUUCAACGCUGGUCCAAGGACUUGUUUGGGGAAAGAAGUGGCCAUGACUCAGAUGAAGUCAGUGGCUGUGAAAAUCAUACAAAACUAUGACAUGAAGGUCGUUGAGGGACACAAGAUUGAGCCAGUUCCUUCUGUUAUUCUUCACAUGAAGCAUGGUCUUAAAGUACUAGUCACUAAGAGAUUAAGGAACCAUUUGUCAGCAAUAAACCUUAUGGAUUAUUUUUUGCUAAUUGUAUCUUUCCUCAUCUUCGUCAUCUUUUCUCUAAAACAUUUGGUCGGUAUAUGGCAGAGCAAGCAUAACCUACCCCCAACUCCGGCGGGGUCAUUGCCGGUGAUUGGACACCUCCACCUCCUCAAACCGCCGCUCCACCGCACAUUACACUCUCUUUCUCAAUCCCUCGGUGGUGCUCCAAUUUUCCGUCUCCACCUUGGCAACCGUGUUGCAUUUGUCGUCUCAUCCUUCUCUCUCGCCGAAGAAUGCUUUACCAAGAACGACAUCGUUUUGGCCGAUCGACCGAAAUUCACUUUCGGGAGACUCGUUGAGUACAACUGCACCACAAUGGCCACCACGUCUUAUGGUGACCAUUGGCGGAAUCUGCGCCGUAUUGGCGCUAUCGAGAUCUUCUCGUCUCAUAGACUCGAUAGCUUCUUAUCUAUCCGUAAGGAUGAGAUCCGACACUUAGUAUCGUGUCUCUCCAAAAACUCGCUAGAUGGGUUUGCAAAGGUGGAGUUGAGAUCAUUGUUUGGGAACUUUAAUAUUAAUAACAUCCUCAGGAUGAUAGCCGGAAAACGAUUCUACGGAGAUGGAGCAGAGCAAGACGAAGACGAUGCAAAACGCGUGAGGCAGUUGCUUGACGAAGCGGUAUCAAGUGCUGGUGUAGGACACGCUUCUGACUAUGUUCCGUUCCUGCGUUGGGUUACCAGCUAUGAGAAAGGGGUCAAGAAGUUGGCGGUUAGGGUCGAUGAGUUUCUUCAAGGGCUUGUGGAUGAGAAACGUGCGCAAAAAGAAAAGGGUAACACUAUGAUUGAUCACUUGCUUUCUCUCCAAGAAACCCAACCUGAUUACUACACGGAUAUCACCGUCAAAGGACUCAUAGUUGUUAUGAUAUUCGCUGGAAAUGUAACAUUAACAAGAACAUUAGAAUGGGCGAUGCUGAAUUUGUUAAACCAUCCAGAAGUUCUAAAGAAAGCGAGGAUCGAAAUCGAUACCAAAAUUGGUUUAGACCGGUUAGUAGAUGAACCGGAUGCUAAAAAUCUUCCUUACCUCCAAUGCAUUAUAUCAGAGAUUUUUCGGCUUUACCCGGCAGCUCCGUUACUUGCUCCACAUAGGGCAACCGAUGAUUGUACAGUUGGAGGCUACGACUUCCCUCGUGGCACUACGUUGAUUGCAAACGUAUGGGCCAUUCAUCGAGACCCAAGUAUAUGGGAAGAGCCAGAAAAGUUCAAGCCGGAGCGGUUCGAGAAGAAAGGAGAAGAUCAGAAGUUGAUGCCGUUUGGGAUGGGACGACGAGCUUGUCCCGGGUCUGGGCUAGCUCAAAGGGUAGUGAGUUUGGCUCUUGGAUCGUUGAUUCAAUGUUUUGAAUGGGAGAGAGUUGGAGAAGAAUAUGUUGACAUUAGUGAAGCAACCACAAUGCGUCCAGCGACACCGUUGCUAGCCAUGUGUAGAGCUCGUCCCAUUGUCCAUACGAUUCUCACUUCUCAGUGA